GUUACUUUUAUUACUAGAAAUUAUAAUUAUAAAAAGCUAGAUAGAAUUAAUUCCUCCUUAUGACUUUUGUACUAGAUUCGAAAAAACGUCGACAUCUGCACAUGCAGCGACAUUUAAAGCUGUUAAUUUGGAAAUCUUACCUGCAAAGACAAAGACGAUGGCAGAUUCUGUUGAUAGAAACGUUGUUUGCAGGCGUAUUUUUCGUAACAUCAGUGUUUAUAGCGAAGCCGGUGUUUCUAACACCGAUCACAGAUGCCCCGGGAGCGGCACUGACCGGCAACGCUAUUUUAUCUGCGCUCCAGAAACGAACUAUUGUAGGAUACGCACCCAAUACAAACCCCUAUGAUAAAGUAAUGAAAAGAGCUGCUGAUCUAUUGAGAAUUAAAAUACUGGAGGGGAGGUCUGAAAGUGAUCUCAACAAUUUAUUGUAUAACAAAUCGCAAGGAUCGCCGCUAAAUAAUUCUGUAAUAUGGGUGAUAUGGAAGACGAGUGAUUAUGAUAUUUGGAAGUUCAGUAUAAAGAGCUCCGAACUGGCGCGUCUGGAGAUCCAAGAAACCAAGCUGUCGCCGGAACAGCAUCUCAGCACCGGCUUCCUCAGCGUCCAGCUCGCUGUCAGCCAGGCCAUAGUCGAACACGUCUCUAAGACAACGCCCAAAUUUGAACUGAGCCUGGUGGCGAUGCCGGUAUCGCCGCUGAUGCUGCAGCCGGCAGUAAAACGCGCUCUGGCGGGUAUCCUGCUCUGCUUCACAGUCGCUCUACUGCCGCCUGUGCUCGAGAUCGAAGCACUUGUCGUUACUGAGUCCGCCUCUCAGCUAAAGAGGGCGCUACGUAUACGUGAUGUGUCGUUCUCCUCCAUCUAUGUGGGAUGGCUGAUGUACGCGUAUCUGACGGCGGUGCCCAUCUGCCUGCUGGCUAGCAUUACCCUCAUCCUCAUCUUCCGUUGGAUACAUCUCCUCUUUGCCUUCAUCAUAGUGCUCGCCUACAAGACCGUGCUGAUCAUGCUAGCUCUUAUAAUGGCCAUGUUUCAUAAUAGAGCGUGGAUAGCUUGUACAUGGACAUUGCUGUUUACACUGAUGCAGACGUUCAUAUCGGAACUGCUCGUGCAUCACAAAUUCGAUAUAGAGAACAAAGCGCUGACAUUCGUGCUGCAAGUCAUCCUGCCCCCACUGGGACUUGUGCACGCAUUUAACGAAUUUGCUCUGCUUCAAACUGGCCGAGAAUUCGAUAACGUAGUUUCACUGGUUUAUCCUAUUUUAUCUUGGUUAUUGAUGAUUGCAUUUUAUUUUUUCUUAUUGAUGAUGUUGCAAAGAACUAUUAGCUUCGAAAAAGCAAUAGGUGGUCAAGUACCUUGGAAAACUGUUAUAUUUAAGAAAAGUGCGGACAUGAACAAAUUGCAUCGUAUCGAAUCAUUGACUGGAACUGAAAGAGACAACCUUCAAGCUGUCGACGAACUUGUCGCUAAAGCCAUCAGUUUCAGAAAUGUAUCUAAGAGCAUGAUGGGAUCCGUAGUUCUAAACAAUGUGACAUUUGACGUGUACCGCGGCGAGUUCACUAUGAUCAUUGCUGAUCGCAAUCAAUACAAGACAAUAGCCACUCUCGCUGAUCUUUUUACAGGUCUAACAUUCGCGGAUAAGGGUACGAUCAACGUGCUGGGGCAAGAGCUGCGUCCAGGCAGUAACUUUAUGAACGUGCCCUACAUGACGGGCUUCUGUCAUCGCAAUCACUUCCUCAUACACGAUCUCACUGUUGAGGAACAUCUCAUCUUAUUUCUAGAGAUUUGUCUCUGGCACGAAACAAAUGAAAACAUAAUUGAAUAUAGUCAAGUACGCAUCCGACAGCUGCUAAAGGAAGGUGAUUUGGAAGAUGUUAAGGACAAACAGAUUAAAUAUUUGGAUGUUUACUACCAAGCGCAGUUGUGUUGGGCGAUAGCAUUGCUUUUGGAGCCGAGGAUUAUUAUAAUCGACAAUUUUUCAAUGAAGCCUGCCUAUGACAAAAUAAUCAAAGAUAAAAUAAUGGUAAGUUGUCAAUUAAUGCAGUUAUUAAAUAACUAG